AUGCCUGAAAGCGUCACUACGAGUAAUCAAUAUGGAUACGAAAAUCAACAAAGAACAACGGUUCCCUUCCAAACUUUCCCUACAGUUGCGCAAGCCACUAAUAGCUUAAAUCAAAUGCCACAACCAACCACUACUUAUUCAUUCGUUUCAACACCGUUAAUUGGACAAGUAUCACAACCUGCGACCGGAGUAAAACCCAAAAGACAGCAAAAAGGAGAGGAAAAAGGGUAUCAAGAGGGGUCCUUACAAGCUUCAAAUAUUGUUAACACAACUUCGACUCCUGAGGUUGUUCCUUCAACCGCUCCAGUAAUGCCUCCUGCUAUUCCUAACGGUGGCGUCUCCAUGCCUUUCAAUCACCCUAUACCGGUUAACUUACCAUUGGCCGCAUUGCAAUUCCAUUCUGCAGGAGCACCUAUAAAUGUUUCUACUCCAGAAGGUUUAGGACAAUUUAUAAUGAUUCCCGCAAAUAAUGGAGCCAUGCCUUAUUAUCUUCUUGUUCCAUCGUCUCAUUAUCCACAACAAUCUUCUGCAGCAAACCAGAAACAGGAAAUAUCGAUUACCACCAAUCAGCCACAACAAUCUGUUACCAAUGAUCAAAAACAAGUAUCCAUUCCUUCAUCAGGAUCACAUUUGUCACAAGAUUUGCAAUCCUUGACUCAAAGCGAAAAUAAUGGACAAGGAUCAAAUUUAUCGGUACUUUCUCUCGUAUGUAGUGAAAUGUUGGAUAAAUCUCAUGAGCCAUCUAAACAAAAAGGGAAAAAAUCAAUGGAAAACGAACCGCCAAAGGAUAAAUCAUCACCAAAAGGUUCAAAUGGUAAUACAACACCUAAUAUUGAAAAGAUUCACAGUGCUGUGAUAAAUGGAAAUGGGGAACAAACUUUAGAGACCAAAGAGUCGUCGAGUACUCCAAAGGUUAAAGAAAGCAAAAUCACUCGUGGUGAAAAUAACGUUAACCGACAAGAAUCAAAAAAAGGAAAUUUUGUUUCAUUGACUGAACAGUCUUCUGGUGUAACACCUAUGCAAACUGACGUAGAAUCACAACCUCCGACAUUUACAAUUCCUCCGGCCUGUAGUCCACUAGUUUUUUCAAUUCCAGCGAAUUCUUAUCCGGUUGCACCAGCUCAAGUUGUUCCAAUUAAACGUGAGAUGGCAUUUAGUGGAGUUAGCGCCUCAACAGAUUUUAAACGUGCUAGGCAUUCUUUAAUUAACGAUGCGACGCAAGGGCAAUUUCAACUGGAAGUGCCUAUGACGCAACAGUACUAUGUUCCCGGAGUUCAAAAUGGUCCAAAUUAUCUUCAGCCACCUCCGAAUCAGCAACCCAGAAAUCCGAUCGAAUCAUAUGAAGGCCAAGGAACACUCUUUGCAGGAGCAAGAUUUAUAGAUCCAAGAUUACCGUCUCCAACUUCCUUCUCAUACGUUUAUAAUCCUGCUAUGGGUAAUAAUCAUGUUCUUCAAUCCGAAGUCGAUGGUAAAUCUUUUGCUACACUUAGAAAUGUUCCCCCCGGAAAUGGUUUUAUGGGUGACGUUCGUGGGUUCUCUGUUAGUUGCACUAGAUCAUUACCUAAUGUAUCAGUUGAUAAGGAAUUGUCAGUUAAACUAGCAGAAGAAUUAAAAUAUGAAAAAGGAAAUGAACCCGAUUCAUCCGAACCAUCAUUUAUAAAAAGCUUUUUAUCAGAGAAUCCGUUUAAAAUUGAAGAUAAAUUAGGUGCUAAUGAAGUUGCACUAACGAGAACAUUUGGAAAUGAAAAGAUUCGGUUACUUUUCGAUAUCAAUACAUCAGAACAACAGGCAGAACCGAUUUCACUUAGUGGUGACGAAGAAGAGGACGAUGAAAUAGAUCCUGGCAAAGGCGCAUUAGGAUUCGAAUCAAUAAUUGCCGAUGGUGUUUUUCUUAUAAACUUUGUAUCAUAUUAUCAGGAUGCUAAAUUGGCUGGUGAUUGGACAGCUGAGGCCGAUUGGAAGAGGAGAGAACAUAAUUCAGCAGAUGUAAAUGGGUCUACCAUUUCUGUUAUGGAAUUUUUAUCAAAGAUUAAAAGUGAUGAGGCGAGUGAAGAAGAGUUAGAUCCUGAGGCUAGAUCGGAUUUGAUAAAGUAUUAUUGCUCUUUAAUUCAAAAAAUGGAAUCAGUAAAAGAUGAUCAUGAUCAAAUGCAAUCAGGAAACCAAAUCCUACAAACUUAUAUUAACAAUUUAAUGUCUUCCAAUGUGUUGAAUCCUGUGAAUGGUGGAAAGAAAGAUAAUUUGGCCGAGCUUGGUCUCAAAAAUUUGGAUCCGGUACAAUUGAAUCCAGAUCUAAAAGCCCAUGAAUAUACUCAAAAUGAAACAGACGAAUCUACCGAGACUGAAAGCAACCCUAUGAAAAAUACCAAUAUUAAUGACGUAUCAUCAUUGGAAGAUAGAGAUGUUAGUA